AUGUGCGGUGUGGCGGCGUGCACGCCGACAGUUGGCUGGCCCCACUCGGCCAUACAGUUGGUGGACCAAUCAGGCGACGGCGUCGAGCUGCUCUACUCUGGCCUCUACCAGAUUGUGGCCGGACCUGGUGGUUGUGUCCUGCCAGACGGACAGGCAGAACAGAUGAUUGCUGACUUUGCGACGGCUCAAACGGUGGACGACGUAUCGUCGUGGCGACAGAGAGCAUUGGCCAGUCGACAAUUGUGA